UUAUAAAUGGAUUUGAAUUCUUUGUUUCAUGAAAUCUUUGAAACAAUAUAGACAUACAAAUCAUUAGAAGUGGUGAAACGUAUGGAAGUUGAGGCUAAUAACGUCACAAGUCAGUAAAAAGUGUAAUGAUAAGUGACGUCGUACGAACUCUGUUUUGUUUACGGGACAAAAUGAAAAAUACGUAUCAGAUAUUUUUUUGAUAUCUGCGUGAUGGUCUAAUCUGAAUGUUUAAUCAAAAAUGACUAAUUUAAUGUGUGUUGUGUUUGUGGAGAAGACACUUCUCCACAAAAGCAGCACUACGUGAUAUAUUGCGUGUUACACCCGACAGUACUCAUGAAAGUUUUCCGUUUGUUACAGAUCUGCCUCUCCCUGGAUUCUUACUCCAUCCUGUUCUCUGAUAUAAUUUCAUGAUGAUUCCGUUGAAGUCAUCAGUUUUCAGAUGUUUCGCUGCCCGGCGCCGCGAGCUUGCGAAAUAGUUUGCUGGCACAAAAUGUAAAUAUUUUUUUCAAUCAGAAGUAUCAUCUGGAUUCUAUCGCAAUGGAGCUCGAAGACGUAGAGAUGUUCCGAGACGGCAACUACUCGUACGACGAGAACGGCACGUACAACGGAACCUUCGAGAACUGCCCCAACAUCAACCUGCCGGUAGUGUAUGUGGUGACGCAGGUGCUGUACGCGCUGGUGUGCGUGGUGGGGCUGCUCGGCAACACGCUCGUCAUAUACGUGGUGCUGCGCUACUCCAAGAUGCAGACCGUCACCAACAUGUACAUCGUGAACCUCGCCAUCGCGGACGAGUGCUUCCUCAUCGGCAUACCGUUCCUGAUCACCACGAUGUCCGUGCGCUCCUGGCCCUUUGGACGCUUCAUGUGCCAAGCCUACAUGAUAUCGACUGGGAUUAAUCAGUUUACCAGCAGCAUAUUCCUGUGCAUCAUGAGUGCAGAUCGUUAUAUAGCUGUGUGUCAUCCGAUAGCAGCACCGAGGCUGCGCACGCCAUUUGUCUCCCGAGUGGUGUCUGCGGCAGCUUGGACGGCGUCUGCGCUGGUGAUGACACCGAUAUUUAUGUACACCACGCUCAUACCCACCGACAAUGGUCUAUCAUGCAACAUCGUGUGGCCAGAACGCGAGUUCAACAAAGGCCAGACGUCCUUCACUCUGUAUUCAUUUGCGCUUGGAUUUGCAGCACCGCUCACUCUCAUCUUUGUGUUCUACUGCCUCGUCAUCCGUAAACUGAAGACAGUUGGCCCGAAGAACAAAUCCAAAGAAAAGAAGCGAUCACACAGGAAGGUGACAAAGUUGGUACUGACGGUCAUUGCUGUAUACGUGUUGUGUUGGCUGCCCUACUGGGCGUUCCAAGUCGCUCUCAUAUACUCUCCACCGAAUGAGUGCGCCAGUCGAAUCACUAUCACAGUGUUCCUGGUAGCAGCGUGCUUCAGUUACAGCAACUCGGCCAUGAAUCCGAUUCUCUACGCAUUUCUGUCUGAUAAUUUUAAGAAAAGCUUUCUCAAGGCGUGCACUUGCGCAGCUGGAAAAGACGUUAAUGCAACUUUGCACGUUGAAAAUAGUGUAAUCCCGCGCAAGAGAGGUGGUGGAGCGGCGCGGGCACAGGCCCGGGCUGUGGAGUCGAGGGGAGGUUUGUCAGUGGGAGCCAACGUGGGAGGUUCUCGCUCGGACGCGUCGACGGCGCUGACGUCGAAGUCAGCGGUGGCGAGCGAGGCGCUGCCGCUGGAGGCGCGGCCCGCCACGCUGGCGCCGCUGAUAGCGCCCAACGGGCUGACGCACACGCGGCUCUGAGUGCGGGCCUCGCGCCGCCGCCGCGCCUCCAGCUCCGCCUUGGAGGAGGACACGCUCAUCGUGUCCAUCGACUAGAGUGCUAAGACUGUGCCGGCCGCCGGCGCCCGCAGAGACCCGAGCCCUGUCUCUCGGCCGCCGACCAACCGGCUAACAACAUUACGUGUAAGGUGUGCUUGGGUCGAUAUGUGAUGAACUUGAUCUGUUUCUGUAAAAAUCUAAAAUUGUGUGGAGUCGAUUCGGCCUAGGUUUGUAACGAUGAAUUUACUAAGAUGUACUUUUUUUAUCGCAUAGCGAAUAUAACGUAACUGUUUGUAUACCGUUUAGUUAAGUUGUAAAAAAUUGUACAUAUCGUGUAAAUAUUCAUAAAUUGUCAUAAUGUCACAGUUGUAAUAAAAUUACCUUCGUGAAA